AAUCAGCAUUGACCAGUGAAUCAGAGACAGAACCUUCGUCCUUAGAGAAAAUAGCUACACGUGGCGCUGAAGGCACUGAUCACCAAAACCAGCCAACUGUAGCUGAAAAACAGUAUAAUACCAUUCUUAAUUCCAGCAUCCCCGUCCGACCCUCGACGCUAGACAUCCCUCCAACCACUGGCCUUCAGGCACACACUGACAUCCUCGCCCCUCCUUGUCCUCUCUCAUUACCUGACUCUAGUAACUCUCCCGCUGACCUUUAUAUAAAAACGAAUCCUCCUUCCUCUACUGGUCAACCCACUAUGGAUAAAAUUGCAAAUCCAGCGAAUUGCCAACCAUCGUAUGAUAACUAUAAGCGUGAUUCAUUGGCCCACGAAGCAGGACACAUCAAACCGAAGCCGAAACCCAGUAGUAAAAUAUCUCAACAAAGUGACUCUCGCCAAAGCAUUGAUCUGAAGCAACACAAAUCGCUCCCGAAUAAAGUCUCUUCGAAGUUAAUGAACAAAGUCAAAGAUCGACGCUCCGAGCAACCCGACUACAGGGCUUCUCUGUCAACUACCCUGAAGGUCGCUCUUACGCAGGCUGUGGCGCCAUCGCCUGCUGGGAUCGAAAGGCCCGGACUCAAAAAGGGGAAAAGUAAAGUCGAGCAAAAACGCCGUCGGCCGAAGACCAAGAAACAAGAUCCUCAGACCGAGACUCCCUCCGCCAGAGUUUCUCCAGAACUUCAGAGUGAAAGUUCCUCUUCCGUGAUUUCUCCUGAACCACCUGGCUUCACUUACGAUGAAAUAUCCCAAGAAAUCGGUGGAAUGACAUCACCUGUUGACUCCACGACUGGGUACGAGCUGGACACGCUGUCUCCAAGUUCUGAGGAGCCUGUAACGCUGGGUUCUUUCUCCUCGGAUGAACUCGAGUCACCAUCUCCUCCAGAGUCACCAACACCCGAAGUCCCUGUUGUAACAGGUACGAAAACUUGUAGCGCCUUACCUGUUGACUCUACAAUACCCCGUAAAGCGGCUGCGAAAACAGGGUCAGUUAUACCUAUGGCAAAGAUGUACGAACCCGAGAUACUGAAUCUGGAUAAGCAAAUCAUAAUCCCUAAGAACACGGAGUCAGAACUAAGAACGCCUGUCCCCAAUGCAACAAAAUCAUCUCUCCUGGUUUCUGACCCUACCCGCCCUGCCGUCAAAACCACCCCAAGCAUCGGAGGGCGAGCAGUCGUGACAGAUCAUAAGCCAAUUUCUUCAGAUACUUACACAUCGCCAGCAAGUCCUGCCUCCGAGAGAGUUCCUGAGAACUCCACAGACUCGCCUGCAUGGCAACGCCGCAAGACUUUCAUGACAUAUGAAAGCGAAUCUAGUGUCAAAGAGGAUCCUCAAAAGCGUUGGAAUGAAGCUGCCAUCCUUCAGCUCAAGACGAAAAACAUGGUUCUAAGGCACUGCACUAACUCCAUCUUCCCACUGCCUCUAACAAGGGGAAGGAGAGACACAGCGAGGAAGCUCUGGACACAAGCCGCUAAGCCAGCUGUCGUUAAGGAGCCCCCGAAACCUGCCGUAGUUCAACCCAAACUGACGCAGGGCGAGGAGUCUCCUCAUGGGAAAAGACGUUCAAGCUUACUUGGUGAGCGGCGGGACAGCUCCCACAAAGUCCGACGGAAGCAAAGCAAUGGGAAGAAACCUUUAGAGGAUCUAACAGUACAUCUGAUUAGCAAGAGUAAUGCAGAUAAUCAAAGACCUCCAUGUAGCAAACAAAGCAGUUUUGAGGAUCUGCCACCUCUACCUCCAUGCAGUGAACAAAAUGGGCCACGACAAAGCCUCCCACACAGCAGACGCGAGAGCAGAGAAAAGAACCUCCGUUCGAGACAGGGUAGUGUGGCUGAAUUUUACAAAGGUAGCAGAAGAUCUAGCAGAGAGAGACGAAGUUCAUCCCGUCUGAACAGUCGCCGCGGCAGUGUAGACAGAACCCAUGUCGGAAGUCGACGAGGAACAAAAGCAAGCUUUACCGAAAAUCUACUCAGAAAAUGUCUCGAAGUCGCCUUAGACAAGUGUGAGCUGGAGGAGAUGGAGGUGACUGACGAAGUGCCAAGGGAGAAAGGCCCGAGAUACCACGACAGCCUCGACAAAUCCCUCAGCCGAGCCGUUGUGCGAAAUAACAUCGAGAAGGUCCGGGAGCUUCUCGAGCACGGAGCUAACCCGAACAUCAGCACAGGUCACGUCCCCGCGCUCCUGCGUGCGGCCAGAGACGGGGCGCUGUAUGUGGUGCAAGCCCUACUCAGGGCUGGGGCAGACGUGGACGCCCGGUCUGAGCAGGGAAACAGCGCCUUGCAUGAAGCAGCUCGCGUUGGCCAUAACGAGGUGGUCAUCUGCCUCGUGUACAGCAACGCCCAUGUCGAUGCCAUCAAUCGGAACGGCGUCACGCCACUGCAGACGGCUCUUUCUUACGGCCAGGUAGAGGUGGUUCAGACCCUCAUACGAUUCAACGCUGACGUUUACCUAAAGAACAAAGUCGGCGAAUCUGCUCUGACGAUUGCUGAACAUCUAGGUUAUGUUGGACUUACUGGAAGCCCUGCAGAAUUGAGGAGGUCCUCAGGGCCAGGUACAUGCGCACCAGUGGUUCAAAUGGAAGUCCCUGUCUCGGUGCAGCUCAUACUUGGACUGGAGGAGGGAUGCCCCCUCACUGUAGAAAACUGCCUCUCUCAAGGCGCUAGCUGCAAUACUCUCGUUCCUCUUGCUCUCCACUGGCCUGCGUAUGCGACUGUACUUCACCGCGCAGCCCAUCACGGAGACGACCUCAUAGCACGGCUCCUGCUUCAGUCAGGGGCAGAUGUUAACGCUAGAGAUGUGGUUGGUAACACGCCCCUGCAUGCGGCUGCUCAGGCGGGCCACAACAGGGUGGUGAAGUUACUGCUGGCCCACGGCGCAGAUCUGGAGGCAACGUCUCGCUCGGGCAUGACGCCGCUCCACCGGGCGGCGUCGAAGGGGAAGGAGCUCACCUGCAACCUCCUGAUGCGCCGAGGAGCGAACACCCAGGCCGAAGACAGCGAGGGCCGCACUCCGGCGGACUGGGCCACAAGGCGCGGUUUUAAGUCCGUCGCUCGCAAGCUGGGUCACCGCCGGAGGAGCAGCUCAGGACUGAUGGAGGAGCAGCAGCACAAAGCCUACAUCAAGUACCUGGACGAGUUAUACAAAGCCACGCAGUUGGAGUCGUCUCGAGCCUCUCCCUCGCCCGAACCCGCACCCGCAUGACUCCACUACCACGCACCCUCGCUCGAUCAACAAUGUACACUUCUUUUAAUAAAAACGAAAAAGC